GAGAGUGAGUGGGCGAUAGCGGGCCGAGCGGGCAGAUAAGCGCAGUCACGCGGCAGACUCGCUAUGGAGCGCUGGCAGGGCAGAGUGGCCGUGGUGACUGGCGCCAGCGCCGGUAUAGGCGCCGCUGUGGCCAGGGGUCUGGCGGCCAGGGGGCUGCGGGUGGCAGGCCUGGCGCGCAGAGCCGACAAGGUGCAGGAGCUGGGCGCCUCGCUGGACGGAGCUCCGGGACAGCUGCACGCCGUGCCCUGCGACCUCACCCGGGAGGAGGACAUCCUGGCCGCCUUCCAGUGGGUCGACGCGAACCUGGGCGGCGUCGACGUGCUGGUUAACAACGCGGGCAUCCUGCACGUAGCGCCCUUGGCCAAUGGCAACCCUGAGCACUGGCGGGAGAUCAUGAAAGUAAACGUUCUGGCUCUCAGCAUCUGCACCAGAGAGGCACUCAAGUCCAUGAAAAAAAGGAAAGUUGAUGACGGCCACAUCAUACACAUCAACAGUGUGGCGGGACACUUCCCGUCGCGGGUACCAGGGGUGUCCAUGUAUGCGGCCUCCAAGCACGCGGUCACGGCCUUGACGGAGGGACUCAGGAGGGAGCUGGUAGGCAGUGGCUCCAAGGUCAAAGUGACGAGCGUGAGCCCGGGGGUGGUGCACACGGACAUGGUGAGCAAGUUCGGCGCGGUGAAGGGACUCCAGCCCGAGGACGUAGCCGCCAGCGUGAUCUUCAGCCUCAGCACCCCGCCUCACGUGCAGAUACACGAGGUGAUGUUGAGGGGAGUCCCAGAAGUUCUGCCUAUAUCCGGCGAACAACCGGCAGACUUCCCGCUAGAAUACCAGCGAAGCGGCCCACCGGCAAGCCCACCGCCAGAGAGCACAAGAGACAUACCACCCAUAAACCCACCAGAAAGCACUCCAGAAACUCCCGCAGAAAGCCCACCUGAAGACCAGGCAGAGAAGCAGCCUGAACACCUGCCAGGCCAGCCAACAUCAGCCAAUCAGGAACCAGAAAAACCACUCGAAACUGCUGAGGUGGAACAACCAGGAAAACCACCUGAAAGCCCACCUGAAAGUCCACCAGAAAAAAUUUCAGAGGCACCGCUAACGGAGUCAUGAUGCACUCGAAGAACGAAAGUAAAAAGGCCACAAAAUUUGUAAUGAGCUGUGCUCUGAACACUCAGUGUGGCAGAGAGAGUAUAAUGAUUGCAAUAAAACUGUCAUUGCUUUAAGAGAA